AUGGCACGCUCUAGACGAUCCUCUUUGCGGUUACAGCCGUCGCUGUCCACGUCAUCCUUGAUUGAGAUGUCGCAAAGGGAGUGUCUAACGAAGCCGUUGAUCGAGUACGAAGACAUCCUUCCCAACAUGAUGAUGAAUGAGUCCAGCUUGAAGUUGACAGAUCUGCUGGCAAGAGAGAGCGAUGUUACUGUGUCCAAUCAGAUCAGCUCGCUGAUUGAAUAUCGUGGAUUUGCGUGGCAUUUACUCGUCACGGCGAUCCACACGUUGUGGCUGCUGUGGACUUUCCUCCCGGAGAAUUGGCUACACUAUAUCGGCGUCCACUACUAUCCCAGUAGGUGGUGGAGUUUGGCCGUCAGCAACUACAUCCUUAUACUGUUCCUCUACUCGUACAUUGCACUCCAAUUCUGGAACGUUGAGGUGGAAGCCAUUCCAAGAGACGACCUCCGCGCCAUCUGUGACGGCGAUCAGGUCGUCGAGAAGGACAUCGUCAAGUAUGGCUGGAAGGACACCAACGGAGUGUUUGACCUGAGGAUCUCGGACGUUAACGAAGUUCUCUACGACUGA